AUGGACCACUCUCUAAACAUCAAUGGUUACCCCGGCUCCCAUUCGCAGCAAGGGCUGGCGGACUGUACCAACAGUGCCGAGGGGGGCGCCUACAUUUGUACAGAGUGCGGGGAGGGGUUUGGGGUUUACGCGCGGCUGCAGGAUCACAUGACCGCGCACGGGCAGGAGCAGCUGGCCCUGCAGUAUGGCGGCUUUGUCCUCCCACCCCCGGCGCUGCAGCGCGAGUACGACAGCGCCUUGUCCUACGCCCGGCCCAUGGAGCUCGCGCUGCAGGAGAACGGUACGCUGGCGAUAGUGGAGAGGCCGGCGCCGCAUGAACCCUGCAGACCGCAGGCAGAGAGCUGGGCGCCACAAACGACCGUGCAACACCUGGAAGAAAGCGCAAAGCAAGCAGUGGAGAACGGGAGAGGAGGAGUGGGCGGGGCAGUGGGCGGAGAGUUGGGCGUGGCAGUGGUUGCCCCGCCCAGGUUUUCCUGCGAGGUCUGCGGGCGGCUCUUCAAUACCUCCCAGGGCCUCCAGAGGCACCAGAGAUUCCACACCUCGGAGCGCAGGUUCAAGUGCACGGUGUGCUGCCAGAGCUUCUCCCAGCGGGGUGAGCUGCGGGCCCACCUGCCCGCGCAUGCCAACCUGCGCUCAUACGGCUGCGGCCGCUGCGGGAAGCGCUUCACCCAGGCGGAGGGGCUGCAGGCUCACCGGGAAACACACGGCCCCCAGUCGGGCUCCCCGGAACGCUCCUACCCCUGCAGGGACUGCGGGCUCCGCUUCUUCUGGCUGUCGGACCUUCAGAGCCACGGCCGCAGCCACCACGCGGCCCCCCUUCCCGGGAAGAAGUUCACGGAGCUCUUCGUGGACCCCCAGACCAGGCAGAUCCAGGUGCGGGAGCGGAGCCUGCAGUGCGAGGUGUGCGCCAAGGGGUUCAGCCAGCCUUCCGACCUCAAGAGGCACACGGCCACCCACGCGGGCGACCGGCCCUUCCGCUGUGGCCUGUGCGGGCGACGCUUCACCCAGGCGUCCGACCUGAAGCGGCACCAGAGGGUGCAUCUCGGGCAACCCCAGGACCCGCCAAACUGGGCACAGGGGCUCCCCAGUAACGCAGACGGGAGUAGGAAGAUGACGCCGCUGCAGCAGCAGCAGUCCUUCCCUUGCCACGUGUGCGGCCGCAGCUUCUUCCACUCCAGCAGCCUCUCCCGGCACCAGCGGUACCACACUGGGGACAAGCCGCACCGGUGCCGGCAGUGCGGGAAGGGUUUCGUGCAGCGCUCCGACCUCCUGAAACAUGAGACCGUCCACGUGGCGGUCAGGAGGAGAGAGGAGGAGGAGGAGGAGGAGGAGGGCGGCGGGACCCACCAGGACGGCAGCAGCUGGCUCCCGUGCCCUGACUGUGGGAAGGUCUUCGUCCAGGCGGCCCGUUUGCAGAACCACCGGCUGACCCAUGCCGUGGGGCCCCGACCGCCGAGCUACCGCUGCCCCCACUGCAGGAAGGGCUUCAGCCUGCUGAGCGUCCUGCGCAGACACCAGCGCUAUCACGCCAAGGAGAGGGCCUUCCGCUGCCCCGAGUGCCCGCGCGGCUUCCGCCAGUCCUCCGAUCUGAACAGGCACCUGCAGACUCACGCGAGGAGGAGGAAGAGGAGGAGGUGGAGGUGGAAGGGGGAGGCGGAGACCCCCGUUCCUCCCCAGCGAGGGGAGGGGGGUCCCGAGGAAGCGGGGCAGGUUCUGUACGAAUGCCCCGAUUGCGAGGAGACCUUUGCCUGCCUGCAGAGUUUCCUUCAGCACCAGAGCUGCCACGUGAGGAGCGAAGCUCAGUAGAGUCAGAGGGACGGACCCCCAACCCCCCAGGUUUUCUAAGCAUAGUUAAAAUAAUCCCAUGUGUAACUCUGUAGCACUGGAUGUAGAAAAGUUUAAAGAAGCCUUUUGAAUGAAAUUCAACUGGUAACAUUUUCUGGUAGACUUUGACUGGGUCGAGCUGGACCGGAAGCUGGUUGGGUUGGGGGGGGGACCCCCGGUCCUGAGCUGGUAAAGUGGACCAAUGAGACCGAAACCUGGUGCUAAAUUAAUGUAUUUAUCUGUAACCCCCCACCCCCUCGAGUGGAAUGGUUCAACCCAGAAACAGCCCGUCCUCUUACAGGACCCGUGUCAAGUUCUGUCCCAGAGGAGUGUUAUAAAAACAAGCAACAAUCGCGAAAGGAAAUCGGAUCUCAGAAGGGGUGGAGCGCACUCAGUCAAGCCGAGCCCUGCCCCAUUCCACCCCACCCCCCCGAGCCACUCCGAGGGGCACAGUCGCCAAUGCAGAGACCCCCCCAUUCAAGAUGGGCAGGAGCAUCAGGCUUUGUGCUCAUCCUGCCUUUGCUCCGAACCCCCCCGCGGGUGACUUUGGGGACGCAGUGAGAUGGGAGGGUGCGGGUUUGUAAAGACAUCAGCGCUUCUGUUACCGUUCAACAAAAAAAUCAAUCAAUCAAUAAAUACA